AGCGCCCUCACCGGUCUGGAGGGGAAGUGACGCAGCUGCGGGGAAGAUGGCGGCUGCAGCGACUCUCCCAUCUUCAUCCACGGCUUCGGCCACGGCARCGGCAGCGGCAGCGGCUCUCGGAGAAGUGGAGGAUGAAGGACUCCUGGCAUCGCUCUUCCGGGACCGCUUCCCCGAGGCUCAGUGGCGGGAGCGGCCCGAUGUGGGCCGCUACCUCCGGGAAUUGAGCGGUUCGGGGUUGGAGAGGCUGCGGCGCGAGCCCGAGCGCCUGGCCGAGGAGCGGGCACAGCUGCUGCAACAGACACGCGACUUGGCCUUCGCCAACUACAAGACCUUUAUCCGUGGCGCGGAGUGCACUGAGCGUAUCCAUCGCCUCUUCGGCGACGUGGAGGAGUCGCUUGGCCGCCUGCUCGAUCGCUUGCCCAGCUUCCAGCAGAACUGCAGGAACUUUGUGAAGGAAGCUGAGGAGAUCAGCUCCAACAGACGGAUGAACACCCUGACUCUAAACCGGCACACAGAAAUCCUGGAAAUUCUGGAGAUCCCUCAGCUUAUGGAUACCUGUGUCCGGAACAGCUACUAUGAAGAGGCCCUGGAGCUUGCAGCCUAUGUACGGCGAUUGGAAAGGAAAUACUCCUCCAUUCCUGUCAUCCAGGGCAUUGUGAACGAAGUGCGCCAGUCUAUGCAGCUGAUGCUGAGCCAACUAAUUCAGCAACUGAGGACCAACAUCCAGCUCCCUGCCUGCCUCCGCGUCAUUGGCUACCUACGGCGCAUGGACAUCUUCACUGAAGCUGAGUUAAGAGUAAAGUUUCUUCAGGCCCGAGAUGCUUGGCUCCGUUCCAUCCUGACUACAAUCCCUAAUGAUGAUCCCUAUUUCCAUAUCACAAAAACUAUUGAAGCCUGCCGAGUCCACCUCUUUGAUAUCAUCACACAGUACCGUGCCAUUUUCUCAGACGAGGACCCACUGCUGCCAACUGCCAUGGGGGAGCACACUGUGAAUGAGGGUGCCAUCUUUCAUGGAUGGGUGCUGCAGAAAGUUUCACAGUUCCUGCAGGUGCUGGAGACUGACCUUUACCGGGGUAUAGGAGGCCGCUUGGACUCUCUGCUGGGCCAGUGUAUGUACUUUGGGCUGUCAUUCAGCCGGGUGGGGGCUGAUUUCCGGGGUCAGUUGGCUCCUGUUUUCCAGCAAGUGGCCAUCAAUACUUUCCAGAAAGCAAUUCAGGAAGCAGUGGAAAAAUUCCAGGAUGAGAUGAAUUCCUAUACCCUCAUCUCAGCUCCAGCCAUCCUGGGCAGCAGUAACAUUCCUGCUGCUGUGCCAGCCACUCAACCAGGGACACUGCAGCCACCAAUGGUACUUUUAGACUUCCCUCCCCUUGCGUGCUUCCUCAACAAUAUUCUGGUUGCCUUCAAUGACCUGCGUCUCUGCUGCCCUGUGGCCCUGGCACAGGAUGUUACUGGUACCUUGGAGGAUGCCCUUGUUAAGGUAACUAAAAUAAUCCUGGCCUUCCAUCGCGCAGAAGAGGCUGCCUUCAGCAGUGGAGAACAAGAGCUCUUCGUCCAAUUUUGCACUGUCUUCCUGGAAGACCUUGUUCCUUAUUUAAAUCGUUGUCUUCAAGUCCUUUUCCCACCAGCUCAGCUAGCACAGACUUUAGGCAUUCCACCCACUCAGCUUUCCAAAUAUGGAAACCUUGGGCAUGUGGACAUCAUCCUUAUCCAGGAGCCUCUCGAAUUUAUCCUGCCUAAGAGAGAAGUGGUCUUCUCUCUAGAUGACAAGGAGCUAGCAUCCAAGCUCACAGAUUCUGCACCGCAGCCUCCUGCUGAGGAGCCGAUUUUGGGGUCUGCUGCUGCAGCGUGCCACGCUGGUGGGCCAGAGGAGAUGGAGACAGCGGAGUCGCCGCAGGGGAAGCUGAGGGAGGGGGGUGCGUUGCUGGCCGAGGCGCCUAAUACGGGGUCUUAGCCGGUGUUCAAGUCGCCCAGGAUGGGGAGCAGCUUGUGGUGCGUGGGAUCAGAAGUUCCAGCAACUCGGGGCAUAGAGUCGCUGUCGGUCAGGGCUGCGUCGCCAGGAACGGGCUGCGAGGUUGUUCACGGGGACAAAGAGGGUACUUCCCAGUCACUCCUGUACGUGGGUGGAAUUAAAACAAUAAAGCUGGACGAUAGUCACGACCUG